AUGUCUCCCGAUCACGGAUCGUCGCGGUCGCGACGGGGAGUUUGGAGCCACUGGGUGCCCCUCGCAGUUACUCUCACGGUCGCGACUGUGGGUGUAGCAGCUUGGGUAUGGAGCCAACGAAAGGACGAAGAUGAAGACGAGCACCUUGCCGGACUCGACUACGACAACCAAGCUUAUGGUAGCGGCCAGGCUCGCCGCUCGGGGGACUUGGGUCGGGGCGAUACUAGAGGACCGGAGAAAGGACCGCAAUCCGAAGAACAGACUCACGGCAUUAGGCAGGUGGAUGAAGAAGCAACAAGCUCUGGAGGCUGGCGACAGUUCAUCGACUCGACAGGUAAGAGUGUAGCCGCCGGCGUCGCAGCUACAGGCACAGCCAUGGGCAAAGCCUUGGCCUCAAUUCGCGAAGAAGACAAGAGUCAAUAUGGCGAUGGCAACCCCUGGCAGGAGGAAGCAGAUGCUAAGAGAGAACGAGCGCCUGCGACGGCACCCUCGCCCCUCGUUGGUGGCAAGCGACGCAAGACUGUCGCUAUAGUAGUCUCUGCCGAUACUCAGAUUGGACCCGAGGAUGACGACCCAUUCCACGAGCACGCGUCUAUCUUGUCGCACAUUCCCCGACACAACGACUUUUCCAAAGUCAAGGUCUUUGUUUUGAUCUACGCUCCAGGUCUGAAGGACACUACAGUGGAUACUGCUACGAGUAACCUUCCACCAGCUUCACUCAGCUCUUCAUUUUCUAACAUCGGACACGAUCAAGCUCAAACUCCUGGCGAGGAAGUGAAGAACCCCAUGUCUUCUGGAAGCCCUGGGUUCAACUCUGUUUACUCGCAGGCUUUGGCUCUGGUUGAGAAGGAGACCAUGGUUCUCCCUUUCACCACGCCCAAUGGCCAUGUUCACAUCCUCCGUCAUCUUCAGCCGGAGGUCAUCUACCUCCAGAAGGCCCUGUCUGGAGAAGACGGCAGCACCAUCACAACUCUCCAGACCUGGCUUCGUCACGAUGUCAUCCUCGUUGUUGGGGCCGACGGUGGCUCUGGUGGUCUGGCAGAUAGUGAGUCGGAAGCUGAGAGAGCUGGAAAGAGCCAGGAGUGGUGGCAGAGGCCUGAGAGAGUUGGCCGAGGACGCGGCGUGGUGGUUGUUGAUAGCACUAGGCUAAACGACGACUGGGCACGCCGAGUUCAGGGCCAGGAGUGA